AUGGCUCCAUCUCUGUCUGCUUUCAUUUCUACCUCUGAACGCCCUACCCUCCCUCCGCUGCACUCUCUCGAUCUCCCCAUGCCUGACGUCAGCAAGAAGAUGUUGCAGCCUCCCAUUCACGAACUGAACAACCCCCAUGAAUAUUAUAAUACUCUGCGGCUCGCCGCCCCCCAACCAUCGCGCGCUCGGCGACCCUCUAUUUCGUCCAGCGUAUCUUCUCGCAUGUCUUCUACCUCCCCCGCACCAUCCGACUCAACCGCACCCACAUCUCCAUCUCCAUCUCCCCCACCCCCUUCAUUCCCCAAAGUCCGCCUCGUUCUCACCGACUCAUGGGAACACGCUGACGCUGCGCUCCUGUUCCCUCCUCCCGAUGCCCCCUAUGUUCCGACACUGCAGGCCAUCACGUCUGGCGUGCACACACCAAAUCGCACAAACGGACCCCUGCUCCUCGUCGGGCGCGCGUUAGACUAUGUACGCGGCCCGCAGCGAUGCCUUGCGAAGGGUGCGCGCGCGCACCCCUAUCGGCUUGUGCGAUCCGACUCGCCCUCACGCCGACCGUCGACUUUUUCGCGAACAUCCUCAUUAUCAUCAUGA